AUGGGGCCCAAGGGUCUCUAUUCAUGGAAAUCUCUGAACCAUCCAGAUCGACUGACCUAUCCUCAAAUCCGGCGGAACGGGAAGCUUGAACGAGCGACCUGGGAUGAGGCAAUGACCUUGAUUGUGGAACGUUCGCUUGAUAUUCAAAGCCGUUUGACGAAUCAUGGCAUUGGCUUCUACACGACUGGUCAGUUGUUCCUUGAGGAGUACUACGCUCUCGCCAUGGUAGGAAAGGCAGGGCUUAAUACCUUGCAUAUGGAUGGCAAUACUCGCCUGUGUACCGCCACAGCUGCAGCAUCAAUGCGAGAAAGUUUUGGUUCCGACGGACAACCAGGUUCUUACACCGACAUUGAUUUUACCGAUUGUAUCAUGCUGGUGGGCCACAACAUGGCCGCAACUCAGACUGUUCUUUGGUCUCGGAUACUGGAUCGUCUCGCUGGACCUGACGCCCCUACGGUGAUUGUCAUUGAUCCAAGAAAGUCAGACUCGGCAAAGAAGGCCACAAUACAUCUGGCCCCAAAGAUCGGAACUAACGUUGCACUGCUUAACGGGUUGCAGCAUCUCCUUUUCGAGAAUGAUUAUAUCAACAAAGAGUUUGUCUCUAAGCAUACUGUCCAGGUAGAAGAACUUAAAGCCACUGUGAAAGACUACAACCCAGGCAUGGUUUCCGAAAUCACAGGUGUACCAGCAGAAGACAUCAUCCGUGUUGCGCAUAUUCUGGGCAAAACCAAGACACUACUCUCCACUGCUCUGCAAGGUGUCUACCAGUCAAAUCAAGCCACGGCAGCAGCUUGUCAGAUCAACAAUAUUAAUCUUGUUCUGGGGCAUAUCGGUAGACCGGGCAGCGGGAUAUUCCAGAUGAAUGGGCAACCAACAGCUCAAAAUAACCGUGAAGCGGGUUGCGAUGGAGAGUUCCCCGGCUUCCGCAACCAGGAAAAUCCCAAUCAUAUGCAGGAACUGGCAGAUCUAUGGAAUAUCGACUACAAUACUAUACCUCAUUGGAACGAGCCCACACACAUUGAGAAUAUGUUGAAGUACAUUAAAGCUGGCACCAUCGAGAUGUUCUGGAUCAGUGGCACCAACCCACUGGUCAGUCUACCAAACUUACCAAUGGUACGCGAGACCUUAACAAAAGAGAGCCUCUUUGUGGUUGUCCAAGACAUAUUCCCAACAGAGACCACGGCUAUCGCCGAUGUGGUGCUUCCUGGCGCUGCUCAAGGAGAGAAGACAGGAUGUUUUACAAAUGUGGAUCGCACGGUGCAUCUCUCCCACAAGGCGCAAAAUCCUCCUGGUGAAGCCAAGCCGGAUUUUGACAUCUUUAUUGAUUAUGCCCGACGAAUGGACUUUCGCGACAAGGAUAAUAAGCCGCUGCUGAAAUGGAGCCAGCCAUCCGAGGCUUUUGACGCUUGGAAGGCCCUUUCGAAGGGACGACCCUGUGAUUACUCUGCAAUGACAUAUGAGAAAUUGACUGGUGGGUCUGGUAUCCAAUGGCCUUGCACCGAGAAAUAG